UCAAAAUUCGAUAUAGAGAACGUGGCUAAAAUAUAUCAUUGCGCUUCAGUGUCUGGUGCACACGCCUUAAAGAAGAGGGCAAUGAGAUUCAUCAAUAAUAAUUUCGGCCCAGUUUCAAAGACAUCAGGAUUCAGAUCAUUACCUCAGGAGAUCUUAUUUGACUUCUUAGACAACCUUCCAGAAAAAGCGAAAAUUAGAGUUGAUUAG